GAGGACAGCGCUUCCCAGAAUACCUCGCGCGUCGUCCUCCUCGCCCUCCAGGCCGCUGCUCCCGCCUGAGUCCUGUGUUUGCUCUCCCCGUCGUUCGUCCGCCGCCUCUUCCAUGCUGCCCGCCGCACUGCUCCGCCGCCCGGGUCUGGGCCGCCUGGUACGCCAGGCGCGUGCCUAUGCCGAAGCUGCCGCUGCCCCGGCUCCCGCUGCCGGUCCGGGCCAGAUGUCCUUCACCUUCGCCUCUCCCACUCAGGUGUUCUUCAAUGGUGCCAACGUGCGGCAGGUGGAUGUGCCCACACUGACUGGAGCCUUUGGCAUCCUGGCGUCCCACGUGCCCACUCUACAGGUCCUACGACCGGGACUGGUUGUGGUCCACGCUGAAGAUGGCAGCACAACUAAGUACUUUGUGAGCAGUGGAUCUGUCACAGUGAACGCUGACUCCUCCGUCCAGUUACUGGCUGAAGAGGCUGUGACACUGGACAUGUUAGACCUGGGGACAGCCAGGGCGAAUCUGGAGAAGGCACAGUCCGAACUCUCAGGGGCUGCAGAUGAGGCUGCGCGUGCAGAGAUCCAAAUCCGAAUUGAGGCCAACGAGGCCCUGGUGAAGGCCCUUGAGUAGGCGGUGUGUACCCUUCAUCCCCAGGGAAACAGGCCAGGCCAGGCACAAGUGGAGCCAGCUCCGUGGCCUGCCCCUUUUGGGGGUGGUCUGCAAACCUUGGAAUCAUGCUUGCUGGGAUGGCCACCAGGGGGCAGUGCAGCAUGUCUUCAGGCCUGGUGGCCAGGGGGUCUGUCACCUGUCUGGGUAUCCUGACAGGCACCCACUGCCCCCUGCCCUGCAGAGCCUUCCUUGGAGACCUGCCUGCACCAACCAGCUCACCCAGAAGAGCUGCCCCGGCCCCCAUCCCCCUAUUAAAGAUGGGGAAUCCUAA